CAAUGUAUGGCCUGAGGUUGCAACUUGUAUCCUCCUUGAAAUUAUGGCUGGUAUCUACAGCUACCUGCUGAGGAGAAGCGAUACGGCCUUAAAGCAGCUUAUCUGGGUACAUUCGGCUGCUUUGCUAAAGAAUCUGACUUGGCUAUUGCUCUCCAUCUAGACACGGUGAUGAGUUAUUUUGAUGGCAAUAGAUAUAUGACAGAAUUUAUUAAAAAGUCCCAAUCUAUGGAUAAGAAACACAUGUACAAGUUAUCCGAUGGAUCAUAUUUAGAGGAGCGACUCUUUAAAUUUGGUUUAACUUGUACACAUGAACACUUAUACCAUUCUUUCGUCUUUGACCCCAAUGAUUUGACAUAUAUUCAAAAGAAGGUGCUGACCGAGGAUCAAAUGACAGAGUUAAAGUCUGUAAGCCCCGUUGAAUUUCCUGAUUUAGAUGAUGAUUCAAUUAAUUAUUUAAUGAAAUUUGUAACUGUGGCCACAACCGAAGACCUGCGAGUGGCUUUAUACAAAAACGGAGACUAUAACAUGAAUUACAACAAGGAUCAGCAUCAAAUUAAGGAUUGGAUUCGACGCUCCUUGGAUCACCUACUAUUAGUCUAUUAAAGUACUGAUGACUUCACCAUUAAACAUAGUGAACAAUGGUAUCAGUCACGUAACUGGUUACCUCUCGAACUGCUUUUUGAGAAAAUCAAUGGGUCU